UUCUAAUUCUGAUUCAUAAUAUUGAAUGUUUAUGCAGGGGAUUGUUUGCUCAGGGUUGGCAUAUUAUCUUCAAGGUUUGGUCAUGAAAACAAAAGGGCCAGUUUUUGUUACAGCUUUUUGCCCUCUGGGGACGGUGAUUGUUGCCUUCAUGGGCUCUCUCAUCAUGGCUGAGAAGAUUUAUGUUGGAGGGAUAAUUGGAGCAGUGCUGAUUGCGGUAGGGCUGUACUGUGUCUUAUGGGGUAAAUGCAAGGGUGUUGAAGACACUGCUGAAGCAGUGAAAGGUGAAGAAUUGCCUGUCAAAAACGAAGCCAUUGAAGCAACUCAAAAGAAGGAAGCUUUGGCCCUUAGUAUUCCACCCACCAUGGAGAAGAAGCUUCAACACACUAAUCACCCAAACUAAGAAUAAAAAAGACAGAAUCCUGAAGAACAAUAACAGAGAAAUGGCCAAGAAAAAGGGAGGGGAGGAAGGUUAAUACAAUGGUAAUGAACUUAUCAUUUACAAAUCAAUUUGAAUAUAGCUCGAUAAU